AUCGGCGUCCAGCUUGAACUAUGGCAGAAGCCCAUGAAGCAGUUGCGUUCGCGUUUCAAAUCACGCACGAUGGCGUCGAUGUCAACUUCGAUCGCGAAGUCCUGAAACUCGUUUGGCAUUCUGGACUUCGCUCCUACAAGAAACGGCUCGCCCGUUUCAAGAAUUCCGUUCGAGCUGGAGUUUAUCCUGCUCCGCUGUCGAGUUGGGUUUUAACGUUUGCUGUAACCCGUGGUUUGAGUGCCGUUGGUGUGGACUUCUUCGGAUUCAUUCAUUUUCUCAUGAGCUUAUCACCAUUAAAUGUGCACUUGUUCGGAUUACCAUUGGCAUGGCUCGUGAGCUGCUCAAUCGUUGCCACACUGUGGUGGAUUUGUGUGAUUUUAUUCUUCCGUUACGGGCUGAAACUUUUGCUGAUGUACAAGGGUAUGCCGACCUUUUAUACCCAACAAGGGUAUGCCUCGAUGGAUUUUCGAAGUUCGUGGAACGAAACUUCACUAACCACCAAGUUGUGGAUGAUGUGCUUGAGGCCAUUAGCGAACGUUACCAAACCAAUGCUGUACUCUUACCAACAGAGUUUACCAAGAUUGCCUCUACCUUCAUUGGAAGGGACGCUUGAGAGAUUUUUAAGAUCUUUGAAACCGUUGGAAACAGCGGAAGAAUUUGCGGAAACCACCAGGUUGGCCGAAGAAUUCAGAUUGGGUUUAGGGAAGAAACUACAGAGAUACGUUUGGCUCAAGUCAUGGUUCGUACCGCAUUUAACUUUUCUGUGGUUGGAAUGUUUCUUAGACUUUCUCUCCAGGUGGUCUACUAAUUAUGUUUCGGAUUGGUGGGAAGAGUACGUGUAUCUCAGAGGACGAUCGCCGUUGAUGGUGAACUCGAAUUUCUACUGCAUCGACAUGUUGAUGGAACCUUUGACGAAUGUUCAAGCCGCCCGAGCCGCCAGUAUGAUUUACGGAGCUCUUUUGUUUCGUCGUCUUCUGGAUCGACAAGAACUUGAACCAAUCAUGAUUUACUCAAUGGUUCCGCUGUGUUCAUCACAGUACGAGCGCUUAUUCAACACGACGAGAGUCCCUGGUGUUGAAUCUGACACAAUCGUCCAUCGUGCUGAUGCUGAUCAUAUCGCCGUACUGCACAAAGGCCGCAUUUUCAAAGUUCUCGUUUACCAUCGUGGUCGGCUUCUAAAGCCGUGUGAAAUUGAAAUGCAACUGCAAAAGAUCCUGGAUAAUCCUGUUGAUCCAGCUGAUGGUGAAGCAAAGCUUCCUGCACUGACAGCAGGUGACAGAGAACAUUGGUCGAAUACCAGAGAGAAGUUCUUUAGUAAAGGAGUAAAUCGGAUUUCCCUCAACGCUGUUGAGUCGGCUGCAUUCGUGGUGACAUUGGAUGACAAAGAGUUUUACUACGACCCUAAAGACCACACGAAACUGGACAAGUACGCGCAUCAAUUGCUGACUGGGAGUGGUUGCGACAAAUGGUUCGACAAAACAUUCAAUCUAGUUGUCGCGAAGAACGCAAGAAUCGGCUUCAACGCGGAACAUUCUUGGGCUGACGCUCCAGUUAUGGGUCAUUUGUGGGAAUACAUGCUGGCAACGGAAGUGGUUGAUUUGAAGUACAAGGAAGACGGACAUUGCGAUGGUGAGCCCGCCUUCCAUCCGCCAGAACCAGUGAAGCUGAAAUGGCAACUUCCUCCCGAAUGUAUUGACAAUAUUGAAUUCAGUUACAAGGUUGCUAGAGGACUAGCUGAUGACCUGGACCUUCGCUUGUAUGUCCACGAUGAAUUUGGAAAGGGAGCUAUCAAGAAAUGCCGCUUGUCGCCCGACGCAUUUGUACAAAUGGCUUUGCAAUUAGCCAGUUACCGAGACUCCAACGGGAAAUUCUCAUUGACUUACGAAGCAUCCAUGACUAGGAUGUAUCGCGAAGGCAGGACUGAAACUGUCCGCAGUUGCUCAAUCGAGUCUUGUGCUUUCGUGUUGGCGAUGGAGAACCCUGAAUCCACGCCAAGCGAGCGUUACAAGUUGCUCAAGGACGCUUGUGAUCGACACCAGCUGAGCUAUCAGGCAGCGAUGGUUGGAGAAGGCGUGGACCGACACCUGUUUUGCCUGUAUGUGGUGUCCAGGUACCUGGAUGCGGAUUCUCCCUUCCUGAAACGUGUACUGAGCCAACCGUGGCGCCUGUCGACGUCGCAGACGCCCCACGGACAAACGUCGAAGCUGGACCUGCGCAAAAACCCGCACUGGAUUUCAGCGGGCGGCGGAUUCGGGCCAGUUACGGACGACGGCUACGGUGUAUCUUACAUCGUUGCCGGCGAGGAUGUCAUCUUUUUCCAUAUUUCGUCUAAGCGCUCGUGCAAUCUUACUGAUUCUACUCGCUUCGCUGAAAACAUCAGGAAGGCCCUACUGGACAUCAGAGACUUGUGUGGCUCGGAAAUCAAGCGGAAAACGAAGAAGGAUGAGGCCAACGGGGCCCAGGUGAAUGGACCAGGAGGAAGUCAUUGACGAAGCUCUCAAAACGCGAAGAAGGAAAAAAUGAAAAUCUGGAACGUCUCGUUCUUCUUCCUCUUUUUGUAGACAACGAUCAAGCCUUUCUUUUUUGUACAUACGCUUUUUUCGCUGCUCGUAGAAACAAUUGUUAACCACAGAGAUAAAGUAUGUUCGUCUUCGUCACGACUGUGAGCAGAAACAAUGCAAUUGAAAGUGGGCUGAGGUGUUCUUUUUUGUCAUGUCCUGAGGGGUGAAGCGGCUGAAGUUGUGACACAUUUUUAGGGAUUUUUUUUUCUCCUUGGCUUUCCGUCCGCGGAUUUUUAUAUCAUCUGGCUGAUGGGGCUGGGAAACUGCAUUUUUUGGUAUCUCUUUUUUUUUUUUUUUUUUUUUUUUGACGAAGGGGAAGCAGAAACCGGGAAUCUGAAUAUUGUAGAUUCAGCUGGUAGCAUUUGACAUCUUCUAGCGUUUUCUGAAACGCGAAGGCAUGUCUUUUUUCAUUUUCCAGGAAAGAAACAUUGUUUGCUUUGAGGUUUUUGUAAUUUUCUUUUUCGGAGAUUGCGCUUCGUAAGUGAAAAAUUACCUUAUAAUGUUUUUCCUGGAGGAAUUUUGUGAGUCACGUAAGAGUUCAAUUGUCGAUUGCGAGAAGCGUUUAACGCUAGUUUAUUUUUGCCACGGUGAAAAUAUUUGAGGAACGAUAUUUUGUUUCGGCAGUCAUUUGAAGGAGUAAUGCGAGCUGUAGCGGGUCUCGUGGGGUCAGACUCGGUGUUGUCUCAUAUUUUAGUGACAACGAGAGAGGAAAGGUGUCAUGCAUAGGCUGUUUUCUUCUCCGAUUAACCGAGGAUUUCGGUGCUUCCGGAAGUCCCGUCUUGUUAAAAAAAAAAGCAGAAGAAAAGGAAAAAAAGCUUGCCGGCUAGGUGUGGGUUUUUUGGUUUUUUUUCGCGAAAACUUAUGGUUGACGGGUGACAAAGCGGAAGUUUGUCCGCUUUCUUUUGUGUAGGAUCAAGAUGCAACCUCGUCCAAUGCAAUGGGAUAGUUUUUACGGAUUCGAAGUUCGGAAGGAGAAGUAAUACAGGACUUACCGUUGGUCGACCCAUUUUGUUCCGCAUUCGAUGAGUUUCUCUCAAGAGGGGG